AUGCCGAGCGGAUUUGUCUUUCUUCUAAUUGCACUUUUUGGCGUACAUCAAUAUGCUACAUAUCCCCCCCAACGUGACAAAAACUUGCCAAUUAAUGACCAGGUGCAGGAGUAUCUUGAUGCGUUGGACAGUACAAAUUGGUUAGAAAAUUCAAAUAAAAUCGGUAUUGGCUACAAUCCUCUAUAUGGUACUCCUGUAUGUUAUACUGGUAGUUGUCAAAUGGAAGGAUUUGGACGUUCAAUAUUCAAACUAAAUUAUCUUCGACCGAAACCUGGAACAUGCACUCAAAAAUUAAUACCUGAAAAUGUUGAUUUAGAUUGUCUACCAUCGACUACUUGGGAUGCUAACACAGAAUCAAUAAGUACAUUGCACGAACUUCAUGAAUCAAUUACCAAUAAGGUUGACGCUGCUGGAAGUGGAACAUAUUCGACAGCUUCAUUUUCAUACAAAACUUCAGUACAAACACGUUAUAUGGUUGACAAUAUUGUUAAAAAGAACACAACAACAAUGCAGACAACAGCACAAAUAUCAUACGUGAAAUUGUCAAUGUUCGAACCAACGAUGGAAUUAUCGGAUCCAUUUAAAUAUGUUAUUAAUAAUUUACCAUGUUGUAAUUAUGAUGCUGAUACUGAAGAAUAUAUUUAUGACUAUAUAUUGAAUUAUUUUGGGUACACAUAUCUGUCAACUAUAUUACUUGGUGGAAUAGCCCAAGAAAAUGUUCUUAUCAAUACAGAAUCGUAUCAGAAAAUGCAAGCGAAUGGCCUUGAUAUAGUAAAUGAAGCCAAAGCAGAAUUUUUUAUUACAAUGGGAGCUAAACAACAGUACACUUAUAACAAGAACACACAUGAUGAAUUCAUGACUCGAGUGCAAGAAAAACAUGUUACAACACUGGGCGGUGAUACAUCACUAACUUCAAUUGAGCAAUGGUCGAAAACGGUUCCAUCAAAUCCAGUCAUUAUCAAAUUCAGUCUUCAAAGUAUUUUUAAUUUAUUAAAUCAAGUUCGAUUUCCUAACGAUUCAUUAAUACAAAACAAAUCAGUAUUAAUUGCACACGCGUUACAUAAUUAUCUUAAUGAUCCAGCGUACUGUUAUAACAAUUGUACGGGACAUGGCACUUGUGUACCAAGUCCAUAUUUUCAAUUUGGAAUAUGUAAUUGCACUGAACGCUAUUCCGGUGUGGAUUGUUCAAUUCCAAAAUUAAUACCUGCAUCGCAAAUUACAUCAAGACCAGCUGCAUCUAGUGGCACAAUAUGUGUAUUGUAUAGUGUUCAAUUUGUCAUUCUUCUAUUUUCUACUUUCGUUUUCAUUUGA